AUGCUCGUUUUAGCUGAAAUCCAGCACUGCCUGGUUAAUGCUGGCGAUGUGGGAUGUGGAGUGUUUGAAUGCUUUGAAAACAAUUCUUGCGAGAUCCGAGGCUUACAUGAGAUCUGCAUGACAUUCCUACACAACGCUGGAAAAUUUGAUGCCCAGGGAAAAUCCUUCAUUAAAGACGCUCUGAAGUGUAAGGCUCAUGCCUUGAGGCAUAAAUUCAGCUGCAUCAGCCGUAAGUGCCCUGCCAUUAAAGAGAUGGUGUUCCAGUUACAGCGGGAGUGCUACCUGAAGCAUGACCUCUGCUCUGCUGCCAAGGAGAACGUCCAGGUCAUUGUGGAGAUGAUUCACUUCAAAGACCUGCUGCAGCAUGAGCCAUAUGUUGAUCUAGUGAACAUCCUGCUCACCUGUGGUGAUGAGGUGAAAAAAGCAAUAACAAGAAGCGUCCAGGCCCAGUGCGAACAGAACUGGGGAAGUCUCUGCUCCAUCCUGAGCUUCUGCACCUCAUCUGUGCACAGUGACACCAUCCUGAGUCAAGAGAAGAAGGCGGGUGAAGCCAGCAAAGGUGCUGCUGGCCGUGGGGACAUGCUGGCCCACUCCGACCACAGAGAGAGCUCACGAGCGUCCAAGGCAGAGAGAGGUACUAAGGGCCACUUGAACGCCCAUGCCCGGGUGAAAGCUGGGGGCCAUGGUCCCAAAGGGGUACAUGGGAUCAUGGACCGGGCAGAUGAACUGUCCGACUUCUCUGACAUCCGGAGGUGAAAAAAGGCGCCAAGUCCCUGUUCCCCCUAUCCUCCCCCUCCACUGGAAACCUCCUUCGUUGAGUCCCAUCUUCCCGUCUAUGGACAUUCCAAAGCAUUUCCCAUUCAGAGGUCAAGCACAGGGCAUUGCAAGAUAUAUAUGGACCUCGGCAACAGUG